AUGACGACAGUGACUCCGCCCGCCAAUGUAAGCUGGGUACCGUUGGAUUUCCAGCACGGUCCGUGCUCGUCGUCGGACUCGAACGCCGCUGCCGCUGCCGGCGUGCAGCCGUCGUUGGUGGAUCUACUUCGCCAGGACCAGCUACGCGCCGAUGAUGUCCAGAGGAGGCUGCAGUCUCCCAACUCGACCUAUGACGAAAGCAAGGGACAGGCGGGUACCUCCGGCGAGACGGAUACCAGCUACCAAGCAAAAGUCCGCGCUCAAUGGGGCUCGAGAACGCGGAACCGGCCAACAAAUGAGAAGCAACAGGGCUCUCAGGUGAGCAUUGAUCCAGCGGCGACCAGCGGUGACGGUGGGCUCCUUCCGGGAGUGAUCCAGACGGUGGUGCUGGACACGGCGAGCGACGUGGCGUGGGUGCAGUGCGUGCCCUGCCCCGUGCCGCCGUGCCACCCCCAGACGGACACCUUCUACGACCCGACCAACUCCGGCACGUACGCCGCCUUCCCUUGCAACUCCCCGGCCUGCAGGCAACUCGGCCCCUACGCCAACGGCUGCAUCAACAACCAGUGCCAGUACCGCGUCACCUACCCCGACGGCUCGUCGACGUCGGGCACGUACAGCUCCGACCUCCUGACGCUGAACCCAACCACCAGGGUGAGCAACUUCCAGUUCGGGUGCAGCCACGUGGACCAGGGCAACUUCGACACCCAGACCGCGGGGAUAAUGGCGCUCGGCGGAGGCCCCGAGUCGCUGGCCUCCCAGACCGCGGCCACCUACGGCAGCGUGUUCGCCUACUGCCUCCCGCCGACGGCGAGCUACCUCGGGUUCUUCGUGCUCGGCGCUCCGCGCGUGGCGGCGUCGAGGUUCGUGGUGACGCCCAUGCUCAGGGACCCGCGGGUGCCCACGUUCUACCGCGUGCUCCUCCGCGACAUCGUCGUCGCCGGGCAGCGCCUGAACGUGGCCCCCGCGGUGUUCGCUGCGGGGUCCGUGCUGGACUCGCGCACGGCCAUCACGCGCCUGCCGCCCACGGCGUACCAGGCGCUGCGCGCGGCGUUCAGGAGCAGGAUGAGCACGUACCGCAUGGCGGCGCCCAAGGGUAUCCUGGACACGUGCUACGACUUCACGGGCGUCCGUAGCGUCAAGGUGCCGAGGAUCGCCCUGGUGUUCGACCGGAACGCCGCCGUGGAGCUCGACCCGUCGGGGAUCCUCUUCAACGGCUGCCUCGCCUUCGCCGCCAACGCCGACGACCGCAUGGCCGGGAUCCUCGGCAACGUGCAGCAGCAGACCAUCGAGGUGGUGUACGACGUCGGUGGCGGAGCUGUUGGCUUCCGCCGCAACGCGUGCUGA